UACGAGAAAAAAUAUAGCCUCAUCUAAAUCGGCCUUUGUUUCGCUUACCUCUUCCUGCUCAAACUCAACUGACAAUAUUGAGAGACGAGAGGAAAGGAUUUACGAUUUUCAAACUUUUCGAUAAAACUGGAAGCCAGCGACAAUCUCUCCCAAGACUCAAGGAUGAACAAGAUGAAGUUUGCAAGUUUUGGGCAGUGCUACCUCCAUGUGCAGUACCUGCUGGCUUCCCUGAUGCUAAUCUAUGGUUUUACAACGCAGUUUUCAUCAAACCCGAAUACGUCGCAAGUUGGGAAUGUUGCUCUCGCAGUUGGAUUUUUACUCAUUAUGCUCAUCAAUCUAUAUGAUUUGAUAUGUAGUAUAAUAGGAUUUGGUAACCAGUCUUCAAAAGUAGAGCUUUUGAUGGAUCUUGAGUCUGCAAUUCCAACUAUUCGUUUUGUUGGGGCACUACUCUCACUUGGAUCCAUGAUCACAAAUCAGGGACAAGCUUCUAUGGUGUGGUUUGGAGUGGUAGGAAGCUUCUUGAUCUUCAUAGGAGGAUUGUUGAACACCUUUAGGGUAUUGAAGAUGAACCAGAUGCAACGACAACAAUAGUGAAGAUGUGAAGAACUUUUUACCUGUUAAUUUAGUGAAGAUAGUGAAGGUUAUGUAGCUAACAAGGAAGAAUGUAUGUGAAUCAUAUGAUGGUUUGACAUUUGGUGUUGACUAAUUGUUAAAACUGUUAGUCGUCUAUUACUUAAUACGAAGUAAUUAAGUUUGUUGCAAUUAGACAAUUAGUGGUGGUGUAAAUUUACACUUUUCUUUAAAUUUGCAAAAAAAAUACACUGUGAUUUCUAGGUA